AUGUUUGAAGUCAAACCACGAACCGUGGACAAGAAGGAGUCCAGUACUGAGACGGAUGAAGGCCUGGGGAGCAGCAGUAGGCCAUACGGCUCCAGCUCAGUGGGUUCUGCUUCGGUGGAAUCAGGGUCAUUUUACCUAUCAGACAGCCAGGACUGGGUGGUUUCCCCGAGUUGUUCCCCAGAUGAAGGCUCUAACCAUCAUAAUGCCGUCUCUCCCAUGCUGGCUGAGGAGACUUUCCGUUACAUGGUCCUCAGUUCCGAUCGUGUGGAGCAGAUGACCAAAACGUACAAUGACAUUGAAGUGGUUACUCAUCUUCUCGCUGAGCGUGACAGAGACCUGGAGUUGGCAGCACGGAUUGGACAAUCGCUACUUCAGAGAAACCACCUGCUGCAAGAGCGCAAUGAGGCUGUGGAGGAGCAGCUAGCACAGACUCUGGACCAGGUUCACCAGCUACAGCAUGAGCUCAGUAAGAAGGAUGAGCUGCUGCGUAUGGUGGCCAGUGCCACAGAGGAGUGUGAGGGUGACUCCAAUGCAUCGACCCCUCUUAUGCAGUCUCAGUUUGCCGGUGGAUCCGCCGCUGCCGCUCUCAGCCAGCUUGAGUCAAUGCAGUUUAAGCUGCAGGAGCUGGAAGAGGAAAACCUGACUCUGAGGACUGAGGCCAGCCAGUUGAAGAGGGACACCAUCACCUAUGAGGAGAAGGAACAGAAACUUGUGAGCGACUGUGUCAAAGAGCUCCGCCAGUCUAACAGCCAGAUGGUGUCUAUGACCGAUGAAUUGUCACAGAAGAACGAGGAGCUGGUCAGACACCAGGAGGAGAUCGCUCAGUUGCUCUCCCAAAUCGUUGAGCUGCAACAUCGGGUGAAGGAACUGGCUUUGGAGAAAGAGGAACUGAGGAUCCACUUGCAGGCUUCCAAAGAGGCCCAGAGACAACUCACCGCUGAGUUGAAUGAGCUAGCAGAGAGGAACGCAGAGUGUGUUGAAAUGCUACAUGAGUCCCAGGAGGUGAUCAGGGAAUUGCGCGACAAAAACAAUUCCCCGUCUGGCAUGCGACGGCAUCUUUCCUAUGGCCUGUACCCUAUGGAUUCACUGGCUGCUGAGAUUGAAGGCACAAUGAGGAAAGAGCUGUGUGUUGAUGAAGAGACUGCAUUUCAAGAUCAAAGGAUUUCCCAGAAGCGUGUCUUCCAGACAGUACGCGCCAUCAAUGCUUCAACAUCCCGACCACCAUCAGCCACCCCACCAAUACCUGGUUCUGGUAGGAACUCUCUGGUAAUGACUGCACAGCCCUUCCCAUCUGCUCAGGGUGAUGAGGUGCCACUGGGCCAGCCUGGCUCCCCGGGAGGAAACGAUCUCACAAAAGCCCUACAUCGCCUGUCGCUGCGACGGCAGAACUUUUUGUCCGAGCACCAGUUCUUCAAGGCAGAACGUGAGAAAAAACUGCGGACCUUGGCUAGGGCGGAGGCUCACGACGCAGGAAGCGGCUGCAGCUCGCCAACGGGCAGUACGUUCUCCUCCUUUUCCAAUCUGUCAGAACUCUCCAUAGGCUCCAGUGUAUUCAAGACUUUCCUGCCAGAGAAACUUCAAAUCGUCAAGCCUAUGGAAGGCUCACUGACGCUCCAUCAUUGGCAGCAGCUAGCCAAACCCCACCUGGCUACUAUCCUGGACCCGCACCCCGGCGUUGUCACCAAGGGUUUCCGACCGCUCGCCCAAGAUGCCGUUUACCGUCUGAAUGACAUGGAGGAAGAUGGGGAGGAUGAAGUGCACCGAGAAGGGGAGGGUGUCGUCUUGGAGAAAGGUGCAGCAGAGAGAGGUAAAGAGGAAGACGAAGAGGAAGCGGGCAUUGUGUUCAAAGUACGCUGCUCAUCUACGCCUGAAGAGAAGAAAGACAGAAAGCAUUCAGCCGCACCUCUUCUCGUCACUCCUCUUUCACCGACCGAGCCAUUAUCCAUUCCCGUCUCUGAGACAUCCAGCCCACCGUCUCACUCUGGUCCGAACGUUUCCACGACAGCAGUCCAGUCGAGCACAUCUGUCUCAGAUUUAAUUUCAAUUUCUUAUUUGUGUGCAGUCCGAAACCCCGUCAGAUGUCAGAGCUCCACUUUCUCCACCUACACUUUUACCACCUGCCGCAUUCUGCACCCUUGUGACGUCACACAAGUCACUGAAAGUUCACAGUCAUCUCUCAAUGCCAACACGCCCAGCUCCAUGAGAACUGGACCCAGCACCCCUCUAACCCCUUGCCGCCUCAGCCUAGGAGAUGCGUUUCCUGCUCGACGCCCCCCUGUGGCCGCAAGUGGUUUAGCGAAGUUGGUCCUGGAGAGAGGGAUUUCGGCCCAAGUCUCUACAGAAACCGCUGAAUUAUGUGCAAGACCCGCGCCUCCGCAGCCCCUCCUCCGCCUCCUCCCAGGCACGCCCCCCAACUCUCCCUCGCACUCACCCGGGUCUGAGUGCCGCCAAAACUUGGCUGACACUUUCCUGGCGUCGAGGCCAGCGGAGCUGUUCCUGCGAGACGUUUACGGCUUGAACCUCGGCCGCUCCACGCACCCCGACCUACCGAGCCCCUCACGAGAAAACGCCGCUCUUGGCCCACCGCCGGAAUUGCUUAACAUCAGUCUUCUGGAGAAGUUGCGUCACAUGGGAUUUACAAAGGCCCCCCAGGCCACGCCCACCUUUGUGUCUGCAGGAGGCGGCAGUUUACUGGACGGUCUGAGGCGCAACCAAAGCCUUCCGGCGAUGAUCGGAGCACGUGCGGGAAAGACUUCAGGUCGCCCCGUGCCUCCACCUCAUCCCACCUCCCUUGCGCUACCCCCACCAUCUUGGGGAACCCUUAAACAAAGACGCACAAAAGUCACCUUGAAUGCCCAGUCACGUUCAGGUGAAACCUAA